AUGAGGGUGGUCACAUUAGGGACAAGUUUAUGUUGGCUCGGUCUUAGCCAGGCUUUGACGACGUCUAAACCUUCGACCAGCUUCAGAUGGGAUGAUAUGAAGUACAUACUUGCCUUUGGCGACUCGUACACAUACGUCCAAGGAACGGCAGGGCGUUCAAAUUACUCAUUCGUUGGAGACUAUCUGAACUAUGCAUACACUCCCAAAACUUUGCUGACGAGCGAGAUCGUCAAGAACCGAACAUCAGCGGGUGGACCAGACUACGUCGAAUACCUGACGGGAUGCUUCUCCGGCCUGCCUUCCGAGUGCCCGAGACAGCUUUGGGACUUUGCCUUUGCGGGAGCGGAUGUCUCUGCCAGAUUCCUUCCACGCCAUCACAACUUCUCGGUCCAGCUUGAUGAACAAAUCAUACAAUGGUCUCUCUACGCUAAGCCUGUCCUCCCAAUCGAUGUCUCUCGAGCACUGGUCGUCAUCUUCAUCGGCAUCAACGAUAUCAACGACUCAGCCAUGUUCACCUUCCCUCGCAAGAACGCCACAGACUUUCCGUCUUUCUACGCCCAGAUCAUCCACGCGGAGAUGGAUUCCGUCGCGAAGAUAUACGACGCCGGCUACCGGAACUUCCUAUUCAUGAACCUCCCCCCACUGGACAGAAAACCGGGUAAUCAGCUGAGCGCAACCUCACUCCCGAACAGCACCAUGGUACACCAAUACAACCUAGCCAUCUCCUCCGCCGCCGCCCAGUUCACCGCCGCGCACCCAGGAGCCCACGCCAUGGUCUUCGACAGCUACGCCUUUCUCGCGGGAGUAAUGGACCACCCCUCCCGGUACGGCAUCACGAACACGACGGGCUUCUGCCCCAGGUUCAACGCCCCGGACAUAGCCACCAACUACGCGGCCUACGGCUGCCAGCCCAUCGGCGACUACUUCUGGUACGAUUCUGGACACAUCACUUGGACCGUCCACCGGCACCUCGCGCGCGCGGUGGAGAGGUUUCUGGUGGGCCAGAGUCGCUAA